UUCAGGGUUGAGUUUUUUUCAGAUCAAAUGGUUUUAGUUGAGAAUGGCGACGGCGGGGGCGAUUGGGCAGACUGGAGGGGUGGGGAGUGUCUUAUUCCAGCAUUGCUAGGAAAAUUCUACGAUCAGCAGCAGUUCACUGAUGCAGUUUUUACGCUUGCUGAUGGGUCAACCAUUCAGGUUCAUAAACUGCUCCUUUCCAUCUCCUCCCCGGUCUUUGAGGGGAUGUUCUACGGUCCGAUGGCAGAUACGACUACGCGAGAAUUUAAGGUGGACGAUGUUAAACCAGUUGGAUUCAGACGUCUUAUCCAGUUUAUCUACAACAGCCGCUGGCUCAGCUGGAAGGUUGAAGAGCCAGAGGAAUGGUGGUACAUUCUUGAAGCGGCAAACAAGUAUAUGAACAUUAGACUGGUUGAACAGGUUGAGAGAAAACUGAGAGAUAUAUCUAAGAAGGAAGCAGGGAAAGGUGUGAUACUCAAGCAUUUAAAUAUGGCAACAAGAUGCUCGUUCGAGACCGGGGUGAAAAUAGUAUUUCUCAACUCAGUUAUCAAGAACACAAGUAAGCUGAUACAAAGUGACCAUUGGGGAAAUCUGGAUGAAGCUGCGAUACUCAAGAUUUAUCAGCAGGAUUUCCUGGCUGCCAACGAGGGAGAGCUAUAUGUUGGAGCUAAAAAUUGGUGUCUCAAAAAUUCAAGUUCUGAAUCUGAAGCACUGAAAUUGUUCCUGGACAAGUUUGCGAAAAGUAUUAUCCCUGAAUACAUGUCUCAGAGAGAUUUCCUCACAUGCGUAGCCAGUGACGCAUUUCUUGCACAGGUAAGAUUCAGACUAAAUGUGUAGCUUGUGACGCAUUUCUUGCACAGGUUAC